GCCCUCGCGGCCCCUCUGCCUAGAAGCCAAGCGCCUGGGACCUGCAGUGGGAGCUGGAGGUUCCCCUGUCCUCAGUAGCGGCAGGCGCCCGGGGCAGUCGCCACGUCCGCGGGGCCCUGGCCUGGCUCGUGCCGGACCCGUGUCCAGAGGGUUCCUCACGUGAGACCCCACGUGCCGCCCUCGCGCCCUGAUACCAACGGUCGCUCUAGCCCUGCGAGUUCCGCGUCCGCAGACACCUGGGGCACUUGUGGAAGCCGGGUUUCCUCGUCGGAGUCCCCGACCCCGCCGCACCGCGAACAUGGGCAGCUACCUGAGCAGAUACCUGGGCACAGCCAAGGCCGCGCUGCCACGCCCCGCUUGGAGGUGCCGGUCCCUGCGGCCCAGGCCGGCCCACCGCCCCCUGGGCCCGAUUCAGAGCCAAGUCAUCUCCAUCCACCGGGAGCGCUGGAUCCGGCGCCGGCCCCGCCCCACCCUGCCGCCCCACCUGGACCACCCCAGAGUUCAGAGGGCGAUAGUCCCCAAGGCCUGGAGGCGCUUUCACGGCAAGUCACCCCUCCACACCUUCCUGGGGUUGGAUUUCUCUAGCGACCGCGAGAGUUUCAUGAAGCAGUGGCUUUGGAAAGCCCAGAACCUCCUAAACAUCUGGAACAUGGUGACCAUCAAAAUCACUCCUGCUGAGCGCAGUGGGAGCUUCAGCAGGGGUCCACCCAUCCAGGAGCAGCCGGACUCCUGUGCCAAGGAGACCCGGCUGAGGGCUCGGAGCCCGUGCAAGAAAGGAAAGAAGAGGAUCCACAGACCUCUCCAGUUUGAAGCCCCCCACGCCAAGAGAAGGAGGCCGAGCCCAGGGGCCAGGCCAUCUGCCUUCAAGCCUGUGUGGAAAGAUGGAGUGGUCCCUUCCUUUGUGCCCAGGCCUGGGCCUCUGAGAAGGGGCUUCUGCUCCUGGCAUCCUGGUGAUGGAGCGGACGCCCACCCCGGGCCUGACCUGCUGCCAGGGCACCACCAGGCCACCGCAGAGUCCCCGGGCCUCGGCUGA